AUGAACGGAGAGAAUCCAUCCGACUUGGUGGGUCCGCUAAAUGAACCGCCAACCACGAUCGAUGAAUUGACACACUGCACUUUGGGAAGCCCUCGUUUCCCCGGCAGUGGAGUCCUACCGAAUACCAAUGUGAAGUAUCAUCACCACCUGCCGCAGAUCCCGCCCCAGCCACCGCCACCACCGCAAGCCCCACCACCAAGUAACGGACAGGGUGGUAAUCCUCAGUUGUACCUCCCCCAUCACCAACAACAGCAACAACCACAGCAGCAACAACAAUCGCUUCAUCAACCACAGCAGGCGCAGGGCCAGCAUGUCGAGUCGGGUUCAAUAGGCAGUGGACUGUAUCAUGACACUGCCGGACUGUUCGAUGCGACCAGCGCCCUCUGUACAAAUAAUAGCAGUAGUAACUAUAGCAACAUUAACAACAACGGUAAUAACGUUAACAACAGCAAGACCAUUGAAUUCACUUCGCGAAAGUUUGAAACCAAUACAGGCGAUAGUAUAACGUACAAUAUCAAUAAUAUUAACACUAACAUUGUCAAUAACAUAAGUGGGGGGAGUUUAGGAGCGAACGGUGUGCAAGGGUUGAACCCGACGCAGGCCGCCAUCACAGGUGGGUCGGACCUGAUCGGGAAUACCCAAUUUUCGUCCACCGGGGGUAACGCACAGAUCUCGUUCAACAAGGAAGGUGAAACUAAUCCAACGAUCAUCAACAUUAGCAAUAACAACCACAAUAUCAUGGCGCCACCCUAUCCAUACCCCUAUCAGGCAAAGAUCUCCGGAAUGGGUGCGUUGAAUGAUUUGAAUACCAAGUUUGGAGCAAACCACGGAUGGGCGGGUAACGGUUCGUCGCAUAGUGCAACAAAUGAGUUUGCUCACGAAAAUAGUGUGAUCAGUAACUUCGAGGCUAAAAAUCCAACCAAAUACCACACGAGUCGAAGUAGCUAUCGAUACCAGCCGGAUUAUGUGCAACCGAGUCAACAGCAGCAACCAACAACGGCUCACUAUCAACACAAUUACGGUUUGUAUAACCCAGAGGGAACACAAGCCACUCAAUCCAGCAACCGAACGGCCACCAUGGAUACGAACCUUACCCACACAUCGUACGUAACAAGUACCCGGUGA